AUGGCUCCGCUCACCCACGCCACUGCGCUGCCUGUACAGCGACCCGCCGCAUCACAUCCGGACGAUUCCGCCGCCAACCCAGCGGCGGAGCCCAGCGCCAUGCGCACUGCCCCCCGAUUCCUUCCGCUCGCAGCCGUCUCCGCGCGCCCCUCCCCCGCGCAGCUCGUCGGCGGAUCCACGCCCGCCAAGCCGGGGGGACCGUUGCGCCUGGUGCUACCCGCGGGGAUUGGACGAGCAGCGAGCGCCAGCCGGGCGCAGGAGCAGCAGGGGGAGCCGCGCGAGGAAACGAUCAGGGGAGCCUCCCCGGCCGGCAGCGCGCGCCCGCUGCUCUCCGCCGCACUGGGGGCACAUGGCGCGGCUUCCGGGGGAACAAAGAGGCGGGGAGGGGCGGCGGAAAUGGAUACUGGGGGAGAGAAUGCGCGAAGUCGCGGGGGAGCCGGAAAGGAGGGGGAGGCGGACAGCGGCGACGGCAGCGAAGGUGGAGAGGGGGCGAUGGAGGGGCGAAUGGAGGGGGCGGAGAGAAGGGGGAAGUCGGCAGAGGAGAGGGGAGGCGGCAGCAGCAGCGAGGCGAGCGGAGGGCUGAUAGGGGAGCAGGAUAGGGGGAGCAGGGGGGGCGAGGAAGUGGAGGAGGACGGGGAGAAGGAGCGGAGGAGGCGGAGUGGCGGAGGGCGGGGGGGAGCAGCGGCGGUGAACAGGGGGGCGUGGACGGCGGAGGAGGAUGAGCGGCUGGCGGCGCUGGUGGCGGUGCACGGGGCGAAGAACUGGAGUGCCAUCGCUGCUGGCAUCCCUGGCCGGCCGGGGAAGAGCUGUCGACUCAGGUGGUGCAACCAGUUGGACCCGACUUUAAGGAGGGGCCAGUUCUCGCUCGAGGAGGAUGCGCGCAUCAUCACAGCACAUGCCAUCCACGGCAACAAGUGGGCCCUCAUCGCCAAGAACCUUCCCGGACGCACGGACAACGCGAUAAAGAACUAUUGGAACUCUGCCAUGCGCCGCAAGUACCCCCUCCUGCGCGGCCUCCUCUCCACGCCCCCUCCCGGCCCCCCACAUUCCGCCCCCACAAACUCCGCUUCCCCCGCCCACCCUGCACCGGCGCAGCCCCAGCCCUCCCCUCCGCCCUCCAACACGCCCGCCCUUGCUACUAACGGACAACAGCAAGGGGGAGAAGGCGCGUACGAGCGCGCAGUGCGGUUUGUGGCGGGCGUGCAGGCGAGGGGCGUGGCGGCUCUGGUGGAGGAGAUGGAACGCGUGAGAGAGGAGGAGGGCGUGGGGCGCAUCCGCAAGAUCCUGGAAGGUUCGCCCCUGGGGGAUGCGGCGCUGCUGCAGGCUGUGGAGAGGGAGUGGCGCGAGAGAGAGGCGCGGGGACGAGGGGGGGAUGGGGGAGAGGGGGAGGGGGAAGGAAUGGCGAGGGGAGGUGAGGAGGGCGUGGGGAGGGAGGCGGAAUUGAGUGAGGGCGACGAGAGGGCAGAGGGGAUGGGUGAGGCAGAGGAGAAUGAGGAAUGGGGGCAUGGGGAGCAAGCGGUGCAGGGAGAAGGGGAGCGGGAGACGGCUGGUGAUGGGGGGGGAGGGCAAGGAGGCAGGGCAAUGGCCGGAGCCGGCGAAGUGGAGUUGGAGGAGGGGGGGAAGGGGAUGGAAGGGAGCAGGACGGAUGAGAGUGAGGAGGGGCGAGUGGUGGCAAGGGGAGAGGUGACGAUGGGAGAGGCGGGAACGAGAGUGGGGCUGGGGGCGGAGCAAACAAGAACCAGUGCAGACGAGGGUGGCUGUAGGGAGGCAAGGAGGUGGCUGCCUGCUGGUGGGGAUGGGUGGACGGGCGGGCGAGAAGCGGCACAGGGAGUGGGGACUGGUGAGGGGGAGCGGUGUUGGCAUGGGCGCCACGAAAGGGAGACAAUGAGGGAGGCAGUGCAGCAGGCAGGUCAUGGGGAGGCGAGGGCAGGAGAGUGCAGGACGAGUGAGGAGGGAAUGGAGAAGAGAGGAGUGAAGCAGGAAGUGGUGGAGGGGGUGGAUGGGAUGGGAGGGAUGGAAGAGGAGGGUGGGUUGUGUGUCCCUGAGCCUCACACUGCGUCAACAUGCGUUUCCACUCCACUCCUGGCACAGUGUGACCCCCUGCCUGUUGCCAGCCAGACCAGUGCCAGCAUCAGCCAUGCGGCCAGUGGGGGUGGUGGCAGUGACAGGAGCCGUGCUUGGGGCAUACCUGUGGAGGCUCGUGGUGGGGUUGACUUAGUUCCAUGCAGUAGGAAAAGGCAGUACGAGGCCUGCCGUGGCAAUCAAGGGGGUCAUCAUGGCGCUUCUGCUCAUACUGCUGCCGGUGUUGCUGCUUCUAGCGGUGUUAUUGGUGCUGCUGGUGCUGGUACUGGUGGUGGUGCUGCUGCUGGUGGUGACGCUCCUGCUGCUGCUGUUGCUGGUGGUGCUGGUGGGAACACGAGCCAGCACGAGAACAUUUCCUGCCAUUUUGAUCGCCGCCUUCGCUUCCGAGCCUCACCCACUGCUCUCCCUCCCACCCCCACAGCGACUGCACCUGCUGCUGCUUCAGCACCACUGCUGCCGCCUUCCACACUUCCCACCACCACCUCUGUUGCUGCCACCUCCCGCCUCCCUCCCUCGCACACCUCUCAAGGCACCACCCAGCAGCCACAGGCGCCCUUGCCAUCACCAUCCCACUCCCGCUCGAUCAAGCCUCGGGUCCAGCUGGGAAAGGUGUUUACUGCAGUGCAGGUGACAGGGGGCGAUGAGAGCUCGCACGGGCACAGUGGGUGUGAGGGCGAAGAGGGGCGUGGGGGUGGUGAGGGGUGUGAGAUGGCCGUGAGAGAAGCGGAGAGGCGAGGAAGGGAGUGGGAAAAGGAAGGGGGUUGUGGAGGGGAUGGAAUGGAGAUGAUGGGGGUUACGGAGGAUGAAGGCGGAGGGCAGCAGGGGAUGGAAAUCUGUGGGUCAGAGCAAGAGAAGUCCCUGUGCUCACACAGAGACAAGCAGCCCGACUUACAGCCCUUGCAGCACAUGCUGCAGCCAAACACAUGCCUUGCUGCUGCACGCUCAGGGUCACUCCAAGGCUGCCACUUGGCAGGGCAGGGGCAGUGUGGGUCACGGGUGCGGCGGCACGUGCAUCGGGUGGCGGUGUCGGCAUGUGGGGUGGCGCAGCUGCUGCUGGAGAAGCUGCAACGGCGGCACGGAGUGGGAACACAAGCAGACAAGGAGGCCGUGGAGGAGCGACGGGGGGAUGUGAGGGGAGAAUGUUGCGAGGGGCCACAGGCGAUAGAGCCAGUGGGGGAUGUGUGUUGUUGCAGUGAUGAGCGGUUCUGCGCGGUGAGCAGUGGUGCUGUGGAGGGUGCAGCAGAGGAGGGUGUGGCGUGCCGGCAUCUGCUGGAUGCCAUGCUGACCGUGUGCCUACGACUUGCUGCUCCAAAGCGCGGGGAGCGCGUUCGCGGAGCGGGCGGGCCGAUACUGCGCGGUCGCGUGGCGCGUGGCGGGGGCGGCAGCGCGGGUGGCGGCGGUGGCGGGCUUGUGGGCGGCGGUGGCGGCGGCGGCGUUCGUGAUCCGCGGGUGCGCGUCGCUGGUGCCGCCGUCGCUGGGGUCGGCCGUGCUUCCGCUGGUGGGCGCGCUGGUGGGCAUGGGGCGCACCCUCGGCUGGCUCGUGCUCCCUCCCUCGUACGCACCCCCCUCGCCCACCCCUUCGCCCACCCCCUCGCCCACCCCCGCUCCAGGGUUUAG